AUGGAUGAGUGCAUAUAUGAUCUGGAUGGGCCAGAGGAUUUGCCCGAAAAUCCAGAGUUGGUUGAAUUUUUGUGUGCAGAACCUGACAAGCCGUCCUCAGAAGUACAAGACCCAUUGGAGACCAUUGAUUUGGAAACUAAGGAGGAUUCAAGGCCUAUACAGAUCAGUGGUUUAGAUCCAACCUUAGUAGAACAUAGAAGGCUUAUUAAGGAAGGAUUUAAACUUGUCAAAAACAUUAAUGGAGCCACGCCUAAAGACGAAUAUCCCAUGCCCAUGGCCGACUUAUCCGUAGAUGCAGUUGCCAAACACAAAGUUCUAUCUUUCAUGGAUGGGAAUACUGGUUACAAUCAGAUAAAAAUGGCUAAAGAAGAUAUACAUAAGACAACUUUUAGGUGCUCGGGUCAUGUCAGAGCGUAUGAAUACUUGGUAUACAUUGAUGACAUUGUGGUGAAGUCUAAAACUGAAGAGCAUCACUUAGUAAACCUCAGGCAACUUUUUGGGAUUCCUUUUCACCAAAUGGGAGUUGAGGUCGACAAAAAUAAAGCUCGAGCAAUGAUGGAAACACCUCAUUCCACCAAUAAAGUGCAAUUGCAAAGGCUGCUGGGAAAGAUCAAUUUCUUGAGGAGAUUCAUUGCUAACUUGGCAGGCAAGAUUCAGCUGUUGACUCAUUUGUUAAGAUUGAAAGACAAGGAAGAAUUUGAGUGGGGCCCAUCCCACCAAGAGGCUUUUGACAGAAUAAAAGCUUACUUGGAUUAUCCACUAGUGCUCAUACCUCUUCAAAGAGGGAAGCCUUUAAAGCUUUAUAUUGUCGCCUCUGAGAAGUCAAUGGGAAGCCUGUUGGCUCAAAAUAAUGAAGGUGGAAAGGAACAUGCCAUAUACUACCUCAGCAGAAUCCUUAUUGAGGUAGAGACGAGAUAUACUCCAGUAGAGCAGUUAUGUUUGGCUCUAUACCUCACUGCCUGCAAGUUAAGACAUUAUAUGUUACCUUGCCACACCCCCAUUAUUGCCAAGAUAGAUGUGAUCAAAUACAUGUUAUCAAAACCAAUGUUGAUUGGGAGGAUUGGAAAAUGGAUCCUAGCACUAUCCGAGCUUAGUUUCCAACACGUGCCUCAAAGAGCGAUUAAGGGACAAGCAAUCACAGACUUCUUAGUUGAGCAUCAAGAGUCCCAAGAAGAAAUUAUCAAGAAAUUAUCAACAUCCCAGGAACUCUGGAGGAAAUUGUAUUUUGAUGGGUCCUGCACUCAGAAUGCUGCUAGAGCUGGGAUUGUCAUCAUUGAUCCCAAAGAGAAUAAGGCAUUGAUAAUUGGCCUGGAGAUCUUGAUAGAGUUGGGGGUAAUUGGAGUUGAGGUAUUUGGUGAUUCAAAACUAGUGAUCAAUCAGUUAAAUGGAGAAUACAAAUGUAGGCACAUCACUAUGGCUGGUUAUCACUUAGCGGCCACUCAGUUGUUGAGUUAUUGGGGCACGGAAAUAUCAGUCAGCUACAUCCCUAGAGAAUCAAAUAUAAUUGCCAAUGAAAUGGCACAAUUAGCUUCUGGAGUACCAAUCCAAGAAAAAAACUUUGAAGGGAAUAUAGAAGUUCAUAAAAGAAAUCUUCCUUCUAUCUUUGAAAAAGGAUUCAGCCUAGAUGUAAUAACUGAAGAAAUGAAGAUGGAGGAUUGGAGGACGCCUAUUAUCCAGUAUUUAAACAAUCCAUCCUUCCCCACAAGCAAGAAAAAUAGACGACAAAAGACUAAGUAUGUCAUUUGGGAUAAAACCAUGUUGAGAAAGACUCUAGAUGGACUUCUACUGAAGUGUUUAGGCCAAGAAGAAUCCAUAAGGGUAAUGGCUGAAGUACAUGAAGGAAUCUGUGGUGCACAUCAAGCUAGAAAUAAAAUGAGGUGGUUGCUCAAAAGAUAUGGCUAUUUCUGGCCUGAGAUGGAAAUGGACUGUAAAGCUUAUGCCUAA